CGCUUCGACCGAGUGCUCGAUAUGUCCAAAGACGGCAUCGUUUAGAGAAGGACUGUCUUCCAGGACUUGAGUAAAGUCAAUGUGAAAAACUAAAAAUCAGAAGUGAAUUGUCCAGUGCCAAAGGAUAACGAACAAAGCCAAAGGAACGCAACAUGGGAGUGAACGAUAGUGAAAAUCGCAAAGAUUCGAUUACAUCAUCCACGUCCUCGUCACAUUUGGAUCUGGAGUUAUUGCAGCGGUUGUUUGUGAAAUUUGAACCGGAUUUAACAAUCGACUCAUAUGAGGAAGCACACGGAUCCGGACGUGGUGACAACUACACGGCUGCAUUAUUUCGCAUUGCACUGAAAGGCCAUACGCAACCGGAAGGGAGCUCGAAAAAGUUAAAAUGGGAAAAGAGCAUUAUCUGCAAACGUUUACCAGAUUGCAAGAUCAAGCGGGAAGCGUUCAAAAGCGAAGCACUGUUCCGCAAUGAGGUUGUGUUCUACAACACCAUCAUGCCCGAGUACAUCGAUUUCCAGCGACGUCAGCUGGAUGCGGUGUUUGGCACGGCAGGAAAAAACGGCAAAGAUCUGAAUAGCGCCGAAGUUGAUCCAAAACGCACACAGUUGGACGGGAAUGGCAUCUUUCAGGCGAUUCCACAAUGCUACUUAGCGCGGGACGAUUUGCUCGUGCUUGAGGACUUGCGAGUACGUUCAUUUACGAUGCCGGAUCGCCAAGCUGGUUUGGGACCGGAGCAGCUGGAAGCGGUGCUGAGAGAGUUGGCACAGUUCCACGCAGUCAGUCUCGCCUACAAACAGCGCCAUCCGAUGGAAUUCCAAAAGCUGAUCAAUUCCUUGGAAGAGGGUAUCUUCUCGCAGGCGAAUGCUGAAUGGUAUCGCAAGUAUUACGACGUUUUGACGCGCAACGCAAUUCAGAUGGUGCGGCAAACUGUGCCGGAGAAAAAGGAACACUUGGCAAAGUUGGAAGGAUUUCUGAGCAACUGUUUCGGACAUCUAGUGGAUCUAGUAUCCCGUCAGAGUGAGCUUUCAGUCAUUUGUCACGGUGAUUGCUGGACAAAUAAUAUUCUUUUCCGAUACGCUGACGAUGGUGCAAUAGCAGAGACAUGCUUAGUGGACUUUCAGCUUAUUCGUCAUGGUUCGCUGGCCCUCGAUCUAGCUUAUUUAAUCUACUGUUGCACAGACGGCUCCCUGCGCAAGAAGAAUCUGCAACAGUGGCUUCAGACAUACCACCAUCAACUAGUACGAUCUCUUCGACUGCUCUUGGGUGAUUUAUUCGACAAUCUAUUCGGCUCGGAAAAGCGCCUGUGGGAACUGAUCAACGACGAGUUCAAGGUAUGUGCCCGCUUUGGACUUGGCACCGCGAUGGACAUGCUUCCAAUCAGCACUUGUUCUUCGGAGGAAGCCCCCGAUCUUUAUACAAGUGAUACGGAUACAGCAGCAACGCCCCCCGAACUGAACGUUCCUCCAAAUGAACUAUGUCGGCAAAAGAUGACCAUGCUGGUGCUGGAACUGAUUGAUGGUGGAAUGCUCUAAAAUGUUUCUUUGAUGGCCCUAGAUAUUCCUCGAACUCUGCUGAAAAUGCAUGCUGUUUACUAGCGAGUCCUGAGAAUUCGAAGGUGCCUUCCUGUCGGGCUCACUAUGGCGGGCAUGCCGCUCAAUAUGGCCAGUAUUUUACAGGGUAGUUAAUUUAGCAUCGUUAGUAAAGUGCUUAUUAUGUAUAAUUCGUAUUAUGCGAACUCUUUACGCUACUCCAUGACAAUAAA